AUGAACAGCGGACAGACAUCGUCGCUUCCCCCCUUGCCAUCUAGCCAGUCAUACUCCUCUUCGUCCUCAUCCCCACGGCUAGGCUCGCAUUCCUCCUACACCUCUGUUGCCUCCUCCAACGGACCCCGAACGCCCCCUUCUCUCCCCGUCAACGCAAUCACUGGACCGGCCACCGCCAUCUCAAAGUACGACGCUAUGAACAGCGGCCCACCGCACAGUGAGAUGUAUUACCCACAGCAUAUGUCCGGGGCACAGCAACAGCAGCCACCAGUCUCAUCGGGUCCCAUCAGUCACUACUCAAACCAGCCUCCGAUCAUGCAGCAUGGCCAGCCGUACUCCAAUGGCGGCCCUGCGCCGUACUCUUAUGCGUACGGCAACGGCAUGACCUCGCCAUCUGGCGGCCACAUGCCCGGCGGUCUGCCGAACCAGAACGUUCUGCCUCUGCCAGGUCAGGGUGGCGUGCCACCAGGCUAUGCUUUCGAUUCGACAGGCCAGAACCCCCCUCCAGGCAUGAAGCCCCGUGUCACAGCGACACUCUGGGAGGAUGAAGGCAGUCUGUGCUUUCAAGUUGAGGCUCGUGGUAUCUGCGUCGCGCGUCGUGAAGACAAUCACAUGAUCAACGGAACGAAGCUGUUGAACGUGGCUGGCAUGACACGCGGGCGACGCGACGGUAUUUUAAAGAGCGAGAAGGUUCGCCACGUUGUCAAAAUUGGCCCAAUGCACCUAAAAGGUGUCUGGAUUCCCUAUGAACGCGCCCUUGACUUCGCCAACAAGGAGAAGAUCACCGAGCUCCUGUAUCCGUUGUUCGUGCACAACAUCGGUGCGCUGCUCUACCACCCGACAAACCAGAGCCGCACAACGCAAGUCAUGGCCGCUGCUGAGCGUAGAAAGCAAGAGCAAGGCCAAGCGUUGCGUUCACCCACUGGCCAGGGCAAUUCCGGCUCGCUGCCUUCGAUACAGCCACCGCAUUCCAUGGGCAUGCCAGGGUCGCAGCCCCAGCUGCCAUCCAGCAACAUGGGCCGACCUACUCUCGACCGCUCCAACACAUUCCCAACACCCCCUGCGAGCACCUCUAGCGUCAUGCCCAACAUGGGCAAUUCGGACAGCUUUGGGUGGCAAGGACAGAGUAUGAACGGGUCGCAAGGUACCAACCCUAUCGCCAUGGACAAUGGCCUUGGUCAUGCUCGCUCCAUGCCAACCACACCAGCCACCACCCCACCCGGCUCGAUGCCUCCCUACCACUCUGGCGGCCAGGGCUACGACAACUCGCGCUCUCUCUACAACACGGCUCCCAACCAGCAGUCGCCGUACGCGCCGUCGACCAGUGGCUCACAGGACCGCCUGUACAGCCAUGCGCACGCCUACCCGAAGCAUGAAAUGGGUCCCCCGGCGAGCAGGCCAUCUGGCUCGGGCCCCAUGGGCGAGGGUGACUCCAAAACUGGCAUCCUGCCCUCGGAGAACGCACAGCAGCCGCACGGCGAGGAGGAAGGCGAGCACGAGCAUGAUGCCGAGUACACGCACGACAGCAGCGCGUAUGACCACAACCGGCCCUCGUACAGCUACACCGCCCCUGGCGUAGGCGCCUUGACCAGCGACAACAACAAUGUCGACCCCAGCAUGACGGGAUCUCCUAACCACCACCCUGGAUCUGGCCGGGCCACACCCCGCACGGCUGCGCAGCCUCAGCCCUACUACUCCCAUACGUCGGGCUACGCCAGCUCCCCGCGUGUGCAACAACACCCGUCCCACUUCUACAACGGAGUGAACGGCGACCGUCCGGCCACGAAUGGCAGCACGGGUGGCGAUGUCUAUGCGCCUCCCGCUGAGAUGUCCAACUCCAUGACCAAUGGAGGCUACGCGCCCCAGCCACCCAUGAGCAACGCUCCUGUUGGCGGUGUCAAGCGCGGCCGCGAAGACGAGGAACUUCCCCGCCAGAUGGGCGAGCUCCCCGGAAUGGACCUCAAGCGUCGGAAAACCAUGGAGUCGACUCUCCCGGCUCCCCCCUUCGACUCGAUGGGACCACGGCCUGCGUCGUCCGUUCCCAGUGACCCACGACCACGGUAG